CUUUUACGCUUCAGUCGCACUCGAAGCUCUGGCCGGGACGCACGUCGACGCUCACCGAAACUUUAAGCUACGAAAGUCGAGUGGAAAUUGAACGAUAAAAGUGUUUUUUGGACUAUAUAUUUUAUUGUUCGAGCCGAAAUUUUACUUCAUGGAAGUUGAACAAUGCGGGUGAGAGAGUAGCAGUCAUGGCGGGUAUGCCCGUGCGCGGUAACAGCGUCGGUGCAGGGGAGUUCCACGACAGAGAUGUCAGUAAUCGGUCUUCAAGUAGUGGAUCUCAGAUUGACUCCUCACCACACAGGAUUCCGGAGCAGGAUAUGGAAGUUGGACAUAAACCGGAUGUGACGAGGACAAGACCCAACUACGACCAAGAUGACUACCACGAGAAUAAAGUGCCCACUAUGGCAACCCUCAGCGGCGGCGGGGUGGUCACCCACAUAGCGCCAUCUUACGAGGAGCAGCGAGCCAGUCCAGCGUUGCUUAGUCGGGGAGCUACUGGAACCCCUGGGGGGCGGAGCGUGAGGGACGAUGGGUAUUGUUCUGCUAGCAGUACUCCUAGAGCCUUCGAUCACAAGUCUACAAAAGGCUCUGUUGUGACAUUGUCUUGUUAUAAAAAGGAGCCCAAAAUCCAAAUUGAAGAGGAGAGCUUUUUAAACGAAACCAGUAAACGCGUCAGAGCCAACAGUAUCAAAGCUGAACCAAACGAUGGUAGAGAGACGUGGGGCACGGGUGCAGACUUUCUCCUCUCCAUCAUCGGGUUUGCGGUGGACCUGGCCAAUGUGUGGAGGUUUCCUUAUCUCUGCUAUAGGAACGGAGGCGGUGCGUUCCUGAUACCAUAUACCCUGAUGCUGAUAUUUGGAGCCGUCCCCCUAUUCUACAUGGAGCUGAUCCUUGGACAAUAUAACCGACAAGGACCUAUCACGCUGUGGAAAAUAUGCCCUUUGUUCAAAGGAGUUGGAUUCUGCGCAGUAAUGGUUGCAUUUUACGUUUCAUUUUAUUACAACGUUAUUAUCGGUUGGGCGUUCUAUUUCCUGAUAUCAUCCGCGCGGUCAGAAUUACCCUGGCUGCAUUGCGACAACUCCUGGAACACAGAGGACUGUUGGGACGCGUCCCGGGGCAAUGUGACCAACCGCACUGACUCUAAGUACCAAGGACCAUUAUCGCAUUUUACGCCAGCUUCUGAAUUCUUCCAUCGUGCAGUUCUGGAAAUGCAACACUCAGAAGGGUUGAAUGACCUUGGCUUUCCAAAGUGGCAGCUAACCCUCUGCCUAGGGAUGGUCUACGUCACACUAUACCUGUCUCUCUUCAAAGGAGUCAAGAGCUCAGGUAAAGUGGUGUGGAUGACUGCGACAAUGCCGUACGUCGUACUUUCCAUCCUCCUUGCCCGGGGGCUCCUUUUGCCAGGGGCGACCAGGGGCAUCGCCUAUUACUUGCAACCAGAGCUUACCAGGCUUAAGGAUACACAGGUGUGGGUGGACGCAGCAGUUCAGAUAUUCUAUUCAGUGGGUGCUGGAUUCGGAGUUCACCUGUCGUAUGCGAGCUACAACACGUUCCAUAAUAAUUGCUACAGAGAUUGUCUGGUGACGACCCUUGUAAACUGCUUCACAUCAUUCUUCUCCGGGUUUGUGAUCUUCACGUACUUGGGCUUCAUGUCUCACAAGCAAGGAGUGCCGAUAUCCUCGGUAGCUACAGAAGGUCCCGGGCUUGUAUUCCAAGUGUACCCUGAAGCAGUGGCGACCCUGCCCGGCGCCAGUUUGUGGGCCAUGCUGUUCUUCUUCAUGCUUAUCAUGCUUGGAUUAGACUCGGGAAUGGGUGGUCUGGAGUGCGUGAUCACUGGUCUGCUAGACCAGGCGCGGUCGAGCGGCGCUCACUGGCUGCGUCGGGAACACUUCACUUUAUUCGUCGUCUGCGUGUCUUUCUGUGUGGCCUGUAUCAAUGUCACGCCUGGCGGCAUUUAUAUGUUUCACCUUUUGGAUACGUAUGCCGCGGGAAUAUCACUUUUAUGCUCCGCUCUUUUCGAAGCAGUGGCCGUUUCCUGGUUUUAUGGAUUGAAGAGAUUUUCUGACGAUGUAGAGGAGAUGCUCGGCUUCAGGCCUGGCAUAUACUGGAGGAUAUGCUGGAAGUUCGUCAGUCCUAUUUUUAUUAUUGGAGUGGUAGUGUUCGGCCUGCUGUACCAGCAACCUCUACAAUACCAGCACUACACGUACCCGCCGUGGGCCGUUGUGCUGGGUUGGGGGCUGGCCUGCUCUUCCAUCCUCAUGAUACCCAUUGUGGGGAUCUACAAGUUCCUCACCACGCCUGGGACUUGCCGGCAGCGCGUCGCGUGCUGUAUAUCUCCUGAAUCUGAACACGAGGCGAUCCGGGGCGGAGCACCAGUCAGCCGAUUUACAUGGAGACACUGGCUCUAUGUUUAAAUUCAGCAACAUUGUCUUAAAAUAUUAACUAGUUACGCUGGGAAUGAGACCAGUAGUGGAAAUUAGCUUUGGAACUCGAAAUCAAGACACGGCCCUCAUAUCUCGUGCUAACUAGACAGGGAAAGAACUUAAAAAGAACAUCUUCUUAUCGACUCGAAAUAGCUAUUCUAAUGAUGCUGAUCGUCGUUGGCCUCGUUCAAGUCCUCCAUUAUAUGGGACAGGACGAAAAUAAUACGUUUGAGUAAGUAGGAUCACUUUGUAGUUAGCAGAAGACCAGUGAAAGUCCUCAAAUAUUUCUCAAGAAAUGAAGUCAUGAAGAAGUUUGAACUAUCCAUAGAAAAUCGGUCUAUGCUAGGAGACGCGCAAGCGCAAGUGAUGUAGUUUGAUAGGUCGUCUAGUUUUACAUUACUUUUAAAAUUUAAUAUUCGGUUACAAUGUAGAAGUUAAAGUUGAGGUUUGCUUUUAGAUAAUGAUUUUACUUGCCAUGUCUUCAAAUAAGUCCAGUAGAAAUAUAUCCUUAGGAUACUUAGGUAUUUAUGUCAGAAAAUAUUUACUGUAAAAUAAAAAAAUGGAAUGGAAUGUUACAAAUUGUCCCAGUCCCGUAGAUAUCGUCAGCGCAUUAAAUUUUAAGACGUAGGUAUUUUAGUAUAACAAGUUCGGUUUCACAUCUUAUUAUGUGGGUAGGUAUAUUGUGGGAUAAUUAUAUGCAUAUUUCGCGUAGUGUCCCGUAAGGAUUUUUUGGUGGCUAUAAACCACUCCUAAGGAGUAGUUUGUAAGUCGAUGAGUAGGUAUUCGUCGUGUUGCGAGAAAUACUAAUGCAAUAAAUAUGUUUAGAGAUAGAAAAGAAAGUUAACUGUAGUAGGCUGCAUUGCCCAAAAACAGAAAAACGAUUAAUGUAUUUCAUAUCUUUUCAUCAUUUUUAUUAAAUCAAGAUCGAUUUGGGUAGCAUGUCUUCCGCUUUAGUACAAAGUGCUCGGAGCUUCUCUCUACCCUAAUAUUUAGUUUCGAUGGUUCCGCUGCUUUUUCAGAAUUUAUUGAUGGGGGCGGAAUACAAAAGAAAAUAUAAAAUUGUAACGUCCUGUUUUGGACCAAUAAUUUUGAACAAAUCUGUGACAAACACAAUAAGAAAUUUUGUAUAUAAUUAGUACAUACAAGUACGCUAUAUUCUACUAUAUCUAUACCUGAAUAAUGUACACAAGAUGAUUAUAUAUACUUACCCAAGUAAAAUGUUGGUAGACUUUCUAGUUGGCUUAUAUUAAAAUUUUUAUAAUUGUAUAACUGUAGUUGUUGGCUUUAAAUACCGUAAUAAAUUAAACUUAAUAUUAAGUAGGUAAAUAUAAUGUUAAAUGUAAAAUGUCAAUGGUCAUUUCAUUGUAUCUUUCACGUGUACCACAAGACAUUGCUUUAAAAUAUACAUUUUCUUUCUACUUUUCAAUAUAACUUGUUUAAAUGCUUGCCAAAAUGACUAAAUCCCAUUGUCGUAUUAUCAAUGAAGUAUGGCCUAAGAAUAUAUACUUUUAAAUUUAUAAGUAAUACAAAAUUGCAAAAGUAAAAAGUUAAUCUAUCUUGUGAAUUUUUAUUAAGUAUUGAUAAAAGUGAGUAUUGCAUUGUUACAUAUUGAAGUAGAAAAUGACAAUUUUUCAUUUGUAGACGUUGUAAAUUUAAAAAUAUAGUUUAAGAACUUUGAAUCUGUACUUAUUAAAAAAAAAAGAAUGGAACGCUCCGGGAGAGUAAAAAAUAGUGUAAAAAUGUGUUGUGCGAUAAAAUAUAUUAUCUAUUUUGUAAAUAAAAAAAAUAUAGUUUUGUCUGCGAGAAUCAAUUUAAACAGAUGUAAAACUGUGUUCAUUUACAAAAUAAAUGUUAGAUCAA